AUGGCUCGUAAAACUACUUCAGAUCAAACCACAGCUUCAACUGAAAGUGCUACUCCAAUUCAAACCAUUGAUAAUUCUGAAUUACAACGUCAACGUGAAUAUGAAAAUCUGCUUGUUACUGCAGUUGGUCGUCUCGAAUCUCAUCUAUUU